AUGGUCGACCCUCGGCUUUCCUUGUCAGAUGCAAAUCUUCCAGACCUUCAGCGCCGCCAUGUUGCCGCUGCUCUGUCGCACUCCCAACCUUUCCCAGCGACUCCGGAUGGGGACCUGGACCUGGGUACGCCCAGCCCCGAGACCGUGGUACCUUGUGGCCUUAGCAGUCCGUCCGUAAACGACAUUGCUUCCCUUCUCGAUGCUUCCCUACCGCAGCCUAUGCCGUUGCCUUCCGCCCUGCCCCAGCCUCUCUUGUCGCCAGUCCACCAUGACCGUACCCAGUCCGAUCUGACGGCCGGUCUUCCUCUAGCCCUUCCCUCUCCCACAGUAUUCAGGGCGGCCCACAAACUGCGCCUUCCCUCUUUUGAUGUAUUAGGUAUUGCUGCACCCCAUCCUAAUCGCUAUCCGCUGCACACAAGCCAGUCCUUCUCCUCGCUUGGUGCCGGUCCGCUGUCCAUGCCUGAAGAUCCUCUCCAUGCACUCAACGCACUGAACACACGAUUGGACCUUUCCCCUCCACACCAAGGAGCCCACCACCAUCUCUCCCCUACCUCUCCCAGAGCUACAAGAGGCCAGCUGGAGCUUAGUGUCGCCACAUUCACACCUCCCUCGGAGCUGGGCACGCUCAGCUGGGGAUCCUUUGUGAACGUGACAACGACGGACUUGGGCUCCCCCCCAAGUUCUGAUUCAGGUAGAUCACCAGACCUUGUUACGACUACAAGUGCCACAGUUCCGGCUCAAGCUCCGAUCAUCGUACCUACCCUUGCCAGUCCAGGCGAGGAAGUAAGCAUGUCAGACUGGGUUGAUCAAGUCAAGGACAUGAUCAUAACCCAGUCUGGAUGCUUGGACCUGCAUUCGGUCAAGAUCCUGUCUCACGCGUUGCCUUGCCCGUCCAUGACAGGCCAUGUGUUUGGACAAAUCAUCAGUACCAUUCACGAGAGAACGUCGGCACAAACGUCAUGGAUCAACGUCUUUCAUGCCCUUCCUGGCCGCUACACCCUGUCUGACUUGCCCAAGUCUCCCCCAUCGACCCCCGGUCCUGCCGUGGGAGGAGAAUCGUACUUCACAAGCAAAGUCUUUGACAGUGCCGUGGCCAUUCCCGACUACCAGCUCGACUCCAAACUACUUCCACCCUGCCCGAGACCGGUCGUACCACCGGGUAGCAUCAAUGUCUCGGUGGUUGAGCGGUACAUUCCGCCUACCAAUACCAACGAGUACGCUGAAAUGUUCACAUUUCGAGGUCGCUCGUUACUCUACGAUCGCCUCAGCGAAUUAUCCACUGAGGAUGGUAUCCUGCUCUUCGUCUAUCCUACAAAAACUGGUGCGCGAACAUUCACCCAGCAAUAUCUAGGGCCUAUACUGGAUCCACUCCUCCGCACUGUUACGGUAGUGCACGAUCUUCAUUCAGAGCUGGGCAGAAGCUUGGGACAAAUGAGCGCUGUCAAUUACCUUGACGAGUACGAUCAUCUCCAGGGCCGAGUGCGAGACUUUUGCCACGCGCUUGGCGAUCGGCCUGGCCAUCAAACAGCAACGUACAAGGUCAUACACGCCAAGAAGCAGGAGGUUAUUCUCAGUCGAGCAGCCUGGGCGGAUGACUGGUGGAUCAAGCAGGAGAAGCCGAGGGUGCGCGACAACAUUACCAAGUAUUUCCGCAAGUCCAAGAAGCUGCCAUCGAACGAGAUGACGGGCGCACACCUCAUCCAAGAAGUUCUCGAAGGUGUUUCGAAACGCGGCUAUCAUGACGGGGAACCAACGAAAGGCGUCGAAGUGGGUGUGUUCAUUGUGAAGAAGAUGCCUUCUACAUAG